AGUCACCACCACUACAUCAUCAUCCACUCACAACCUCACCUCCUCCAUACAAAAAUCACUACUCCUCGAUAUCAACUCUAUCUCUCUCUCGAACGAACGAACGAACGAAAGAUGGGCGGAAGUCACACCGGAUUCCAAGCUUUAAAGAAAAACCCGCACGUCGAUCGGUAUGCAGCCAUGCGAGACGGGGUGAUGCGGACCUUCGAAUUCACGCCGCGCAAUGCCCGGAACACGUUCCUCAUCCUGGGGCUCAUUCCGUUCGGGUUACUAUACAUUGGGGUUGUCGAUUCGAACAAGUGGGAAUUAGCGGGCAAACGGAAGGACGACUCGUUAUACAAAUACCCUCGCUCCGACCAACGCUAGUAGUUCUCCGCACCAAGUCAUCCCUCUCCUCUAACUAUCCAUGAAAAAAAAAAAAAAAACAUGAUUGUCCCCCCUCCCUCAUCGCUUCCCUCAAAAAUCCCCCUUUUCUUUUUUCGGUUCACAAGGUGACCAAAAUAUAUAAAAUGUGUGUGUGUGUGUGUAUAUCUUUUCGGAUUGGUGAAGUGAGAGAUAGCAUUGAGAGAGCAAAUCGAGAGGGUCCGUCUCCACGCAGCGCACACAGCUUUUGAUCCGCGAAAGCGGGGAGAGGACCAAGUGGUCCGCCUGCUAGUGCCUUUAGUUGCGAAGAGCACUGGUCUUGAUU